CUACCUGACCCAAAUAAGUUCCUAAAGCUAAUAUAAACACACUAAACCACCAAACCCACCUGAUCUAUCGGAGUCACACCAAGCCCCAAAAUCUGUCGCACACCACCAAAUACAUCAGACCCACUCGAUCAGCACAACCCCCGACCCAUCAUGUAUCGUGUCUAUUUUUUCUGACACAACCCACGACUCGACACACCUGAGUUAACUGAGGUGGAUCGUGUGUCAAUUAUCCCCGACCCACCAAACUCACUCAUGUCCUACCCAACCCGACAUUGGUUUAAAAUUAACCCAACUUGAACCACUCAACCACAUUAGUAAGCGCGCUAAAAUGAUAAACCCCAAAAUCAAAACAUAACCGCGCUGAACUCCAAAUUUACUCAAAACAUAACCGCGUUAGACCCCAAAUUCAAAAUUUUCAAUCUCAGCUUGACAUUUUCACAAACACUUAGUGGGCAUCUUUGUGUCCAUCUCUCUGUAACCCCAUAAUCGCAAUUCGCAAAUUCCCAAUGAAGUUCAAAGCAUUCCUAACGGAAAAUGGAGUAACCCUUUUAGAGAGGAGAUUCAUCCCUGCCUUUGAGAAAAUGGGCAAAAUCUGCCAUGUUUAUCUCACCAGAGAUCACAUCUUUUUCCUCCAUAACCUCCUCACUAACGAUGGUGUUCAAUCAAUUGCCCAGUUCAGAAAGGAUGCUUUAUUCUCUGAAUACCGAAUUUCCAGCCAAAACGAGGAUAGAAUUGCCUUCUCUCUCGAUCUCUCUCUCCUACUCCGGGCCCUCCGAUCAGCAGCCGCAAUUUCCUCCGCCGUUGAUCGCCUCCAAAUUAAGCUUGUGAAGAAAUUACCCCCAAGUUCCACAAACCCGAUGCCUUUUCUGAGCUUUGAGACAAAAGGGUAUGCUUCUGCUGUAAUUCAGGACAUACCCAUCUCCAAACCCCUUUCGAGAGCUCAACUUUUAGAGCUCCAGACCGCUCUGGACGAUGCCCAAGACCUUCCUAGAACCCUAGUUGGGGUGAGUGAAUUGGAUAGGUUGUCGAAUUUUGUGGAGAGGAUGAAGCAGUUGGGUGAUGUGAUGGGUGUUGAGAUUGGGAAAAAUGGGGAAUUGGGUUUGAAGGUUUCAAGUAGUUUGGUGACUUUAGGAGCAGAAUUCAAAAGGCUAAUGAUUGUAGGAGAAGAUAGUGAGGAGAGUAAUAAUGGUGAUGGUGGGAUGAGUGUGUUGGUGAGUAUGAAGCACUUUGUCAAGUGUUUGCAGUGUCUUUUGGCUAAACCUGAUUGCGCUUUCUAUGGAGUUGGUUCUCAUGGUGGCUCAUUGACUGUGGUUUUCCAGUUCUUUGUUCCAGGGUCAAGACAGACUGAUAAAUCUAUCAGCUUCCAUUGCAGACUUCCGGUACUUGAUCCCGGCUCUUGAGUACAUACAUAUAUCCCUCUUUUAAGCUCUGUAAGCUGCUAAAUUCAGGUUUAGUGUUAGUCCUUAAGUCUACAAAUUGUUGGAUGAUUACAGUACUUAUAACUUUGAUGGUUAACUGCUAAAGUUUGAUUGUGAGUAGUAACGUCUUGAUUAUAUUACUAAAGUAUUAUUAACUAGUAAUGUGUUCUUUUUUUGGUGAGGCAAUGUAUGGAAGAUGGUAGGACUACACUGUAGUCAAGAGUGGAGGGCUGGUUUGCCGUUUGUGAUAGAAAAUUAAUGGGAGUCCGAGGAGCGUAUGAACUUUCAUUUGUUGGCAUUUUAUUGCAACUUGCAGGUCACUCCUGUCUUUAAGUGUCUUAGCCUUGCUUUCUUUUACUCUACAAGCCAUUCAACAGUCCUAAAUAACAUUAUUUCUAUUACUCCCUCGAUUGAGGAAAUAAAAAUCACAGUAUGUUAUGUCAAAAAAAUUCAAUGAAAUGAUACAUGUUUUAAUCGAAAUAGUACUCCAUCUUUAAUUGAAAAAUUCACAGUGUGUUAUGUCAAUUACAAGCUAAAACUUGCUGACAUAGAAAUGGAAAAUCACAAUCUCUAGUAAAGUUUACUGCAUCUACGUCACAAAAGACUAUAUUUUUAUCAAAAUGGUACUCUAUCUAACGAAAUGAUAUGGUACAUGUUUGGCGCUGUGAUGUGUUUGCUAACACA